AUUGCAACUUCAGGCAGAAGAAAGAGGAGUGGUGUCAAUCAAAGGUGUAUGUGCAAAUCGUUUUCUGGCUAUGAAGGAAGAUGGCAGAUUAUUGGCAUUGGGAUGGCGUGCAUCUUGGUGACAUAGGAAACCCAUGCUUUCCUGGAAACAAAUGUGUAACUGAAGAGUGUUUCUUUUUUGAGCGCUUGGAAUCAAACAACUACAACACUUACCGGUCACGGAAAUAUUCUGAUUGGUAUGUGGCACUGAAAAGAACUGGACAGUACAAACUUGGACCAAAAACUGGACCAGGGCAGAAAGCUAUCCUUUUUCUUCCAAUGUCUGCCAAGAGCUGAUUUCAGUGGUAGAUUCUAUAG